AUGGCAGAGCCUUCGACGAAAGUCACACCCCCCUUGAAAGAUGAGCUAGACAUAGUGAUCCCCACUAUCAGGACUCUAGAUUUCUUAGAGAGUUGGAGGCCUUUCUUCGAGCAGUACCAUCUGAUCAUAGUGCAAGAUGGUGACCCAUCAAAGACCAUAGAGGUCCCAGAAGGCUUCGACUAUGAGUUAUACAAUCGUAACGAUAUUAAUCGGAUUCUGGGUCCAAGGGCUUCUUGCAUUUCUUACAAGGACUCAGCUUGUCGUUCCUUUGCCUUCCUUAUCUCCAAGAAGAAGUAUAUUUUCACUAUUGAUGAUGAUUGCUUUGUUGCUAAAGACCCAUCUGGGAAAGACAUCAACGCGCUUCAACAGCACAUAGAGAAUCUUCUAACUCCAUCCACUCCAUUUUUCUUCAACACUCUUUACGACCCAUACAGAGAGGGUGCUGACUUCGUCCGUGGAUACCCUUUCAGUCUCCGCGAGGGUGUCCCUACCGCUGUUUCUCAUGGCCUCUGGCUCAACAUCCCUGACUAUGAUGCUCCUACCCAGCUUGUUAAGCCAAGGGAGAGAAAUACCAGUUUUCUCCCUAGGUAUGUCGAUGCUGUGUUGACAAUACCCAAGGGAACCCUAUACCCCAUGUGUGGUAUGAAUCUAGCAUUCAAUCGUGAAUUGAUUGGACCUGCAAUGUACUUUGGACUCUUUGGUGAAGGUCAGCCAAUUCAAAGAUAUGAUGAUAUGUGGGCUGGCUGGUGCUCCAAGGUUGUAUGUGACCAUUUGGGUUUGGGAGUCAAGACUGGUCUCCCCUACUUAUGGCACAGCAAAGCCAGCAAUCCAUUUUCUAACCUCAAAAAGGAGUACAAUGGUCUCUUCUGGCAAGAAGAACUGAUCCCAUUCUUCCAAUCUGUCGUUCUUUCUAAGGAAUCCACAACUCCUCAAAAAUGCUACAUUGAACUCUCCAAGCUAGUCAAGGACAAGCUUAGCCAGCUCGAUCCGUUCUUUAACAUGCUAGCAGAUGCCAUGGUGACUUGGAUUGAAGUUUGGGAAGAGUUUAACCCCUCUGGAGAAAACUCAGCAGCUAACCCUUAA